AUGGAAUCGACUAGUCAGAAUAGCCAAUUAAACGAUGUAUUGAAUAAUGUUUUGGGGUUAGAUGAGGAUGAUAGUUUGUUGUCCCAAAAUGAUGAACAUCAUGAAGAUUCCGAUAAUGCAUACGAUGGCCCAGAACAUUAUUUGCAUAGUGAUGAUAAAGAUGUUAUUAACAAGCUCUUUGAAGAAAUGAAUCAACCGGAGCAAGAGGAAUCAAUAAGUGUUAGUGACGGAGAGGAAUAUGAAGCUGAAAAAGAAUGUGAUGAACAGACAGAUUCAGCCAAUGAUGAUAAUUUUUCAGACCAACAAUAUAUGGAAGGCCCUCUUGUAGAUAUGGUCUAUUGUAGUGUAGAAUCUCUUUUUGCUUUUUAUAAAGAACAUAGUCGUUUAAAUGGAUUUGGAGUUCUUAAAAAGACUUCAAAAAAGAGAGGUUGUGAAUACGCUAGGUAUGUCUCAUUCGCUUGUGAUAAGAGUAGAAAACUAGCUGCUAAGAAUUAUAGUAAAAGGGUUGAUUGCAAAUGCAAAGUUAAUUGUGUUGUGCUGCCUGAUGGUUCAUGUCGCGUAACAACAAUUACGACGGAGCACAACCAUGAGUUGCAACCAUCUUUGGCACGUUUUUUUGGAUGCCACAGGAAAAUAAGUAAGGCAUUAAAACGAAACCUUGACAUCGCAAGAAUUAGACCUGCCAAAAGCAUUAGACUUUUGGAAGUACAAACAAGUGGUCCAGAUAGAAUGGGAUGCACACCUAAAGACUGUCGAAACUACAUUCUUCAACAAUGCAGGAUGAUGACAUUGUCAUGUGAUGCUGCGGCAAUACAUAAAUUUUUUGCUUUAAUGCAAAUGAAGGACGAUGGAUUUUUUUAUGUAAUUGACACAGAUAAUGUUGGUAGACUUCGCAACGUAGUGUGGGUUCACACACAUUGCAAGUAUGCGUAUAGGGAGUUUAAUGAUGUUGUUUGUUUUGAUUCAACGUACUUGGUGAAUCAAUGGCGCAUGCCGUUUGCAUCUUUUGUUGGUGUGAAUCAACACAAACAAUCUAUUCUUUUAGGCUGCGCUUUGCUCACAAGUGAGGAUAUUGAGACAUACAAAUUUGUUUUCUCUACUUGGCUGGCAGCAAUGGGCAAUGCACCUCCAACAACUAUCCUCACUGAUCAAUAUGAGAGUAUCAAGGCAGCAAUUGCAGAGUUCGUUGAGCAGUAUGAGUUAGCCUUGCGAUUUAAAUAUGAGAAGGAACUUCAACCAGAAGCUGACUCACGGAAAAAGUAUGCAGCGCCUUGUAGUGGUUUUGAUUGGGAUUUGCAGCUUCAAACCCAUUAUACUCGACCUAUUUACAAUGCCUUUGUAGCAGAGCAUUUGAAGCGGUUGUACCACUGUGAAAUUGAAAGACACCAUGACUUAAAUGUCGUGGAAGGAGUUGAGAAGUACAGUGUAACAGAUUAUUCCAUAUCUAAUGAUUUUCAUGAAAAUCAAUUUGUUUACAUUGUGGAAUAUCGGCCACGGAAUCAGUAUCUGGAUUGCAAUUGCAAGAAUUUUCAAAGUGAAGAAGAUGUUGUGUGUUGCCACAUUUUAAAGACUAUGUCUCAUUGUAGAAUUAAAAUGUUCCAUGACAGAUAUAUUUUACGCCCGUGA